CAUUCAAGCUCCAAAACUACGAAAAAGUCAACUUGAUCCGAUCUACCAGAUCCCCUGGAGGCGUCAGUGAUUUCAGCUUCAGCAUUAAGGGGCAUUUGAAGUCGCAUACGCGUCACAACUUUGGAGUCCGCCUCUCUUGUCAACCAGGACGUGAGGCAGCCAUGUUUGAGACUUCCAGGUGUGCGCCAGCAAUCAACCCACAGGUUAAAUCGAACGAAUCUACUUCUCGAUGGUGUCAAUGCAUUGUCAUGACGCAAUUCUUACAAGGACGUUUGACUGGAGCGAUAUUGUCUGGAUUCAGGGAAGGAGCUCGGUUGUGACAACUACUGUACGCACAAGUUAACAUCGAUUCUGGAAAGAGGGGCGCGGACGUGUCCAACUUAAACUACAUAAAUAGGAAGGCUGGAAUAGAGAAUAGAUAGGUAAAGUAAAAUGAUUAAGGAGGUGUAUCUUGUAAAAGAGUGAGAGGUAUACGUAUGCUUGGACGAG